AUGUUUGUACCAAGAAGUUUCUUGCUCGGGGUCUUCUAUGCCGUUGGGAUUUCGGUGGUUUUGGUACUUUGGUAUUACUUUGUGUAUACGCCCCUCUCGCGAACGCUUGCGCUCGGGCCCGUGGACUUGGAGAUAGGCGGUGGCUUUAGGGAAGACUCCGACCCCUCCUUUCCCAAACCACUUGGGGUUAUUCGCCGCGAUCUGGCCUGUCCUCGGCAGCAGACAACAGGAAAAGGCGAGCAAGAAUUGAAUAGCGAGCCACAAAAUAGUGAUAAUACCCAAUAUCAGGUACGGAAGUACAUCGCCGCGAGUCCUAGGCCCAACCAUUUCGCAGUCACAAUGUUGAGAUGCCGGGUAUGCGGCAGAAACGCAGACUGGAGAUGUUGAGAGGAGAAUAUAACACCUGCCUGUUAUCGUUAAGCGUGAGGUGUGGCUCUCCUGGAGGGAUAAACCCCGAUGGAGGAAUGUAGGAUAGGACCUGUCACGAAUUGCGUUGUUAGUAAACAUACGGUGGUUACAGGGUUUAUAUCUUGGAGCCGUGACCAACCUGACUCCCUCGUUUGGGUUUGGCUCGAGAGUUGGGCUAGGAAAGCAGGUAUGCCUUUUAUAAAAGUUUCGUAUAGGUGGAAAUUUGA